AUGGUGAGCAUUGGCAUUCAGCCAGCCUUACUGCAAGAAGGAGGAGUGGCUUUUGAGCUUUCCACUGAAGCUGGCAAAAGAGACCAGCAAGUGGCUGCCAAUGUCACUUUGGUAGAAUCUGCAGAUGGUGCACUUGCUCCAGUGACUAAGACUGAGAGGUACUUGACAGUGGCCACCUCCCACACAGCAGCCUUCUGCAAGGCAGUGGAAGCUUGCUGCAAGUCACCUGCAAGUGGACAACCUUUGGAAAUGAAGGCUGAUGAAGGCCUCUUCAAGCUGAUAACUGCAGGCUGGCCUAUGAAUGUCAUUUCUGAGCAUGUGGAAAACCAGUUGCCUUCUUUGCCUCCUUGGCUGCAGAUGGCAAUGAAUUCAGUCAACAUGGGCUUCAAGCAAGUCAAUGAAAUUGAGGCUGCUGCUUUGAUGUCUGAAUUCUUGCAGCAUGGCAAGACAUUGCAGGAGGCCCAGCUUUUGGUGGAGCAAAGCGACCCUCUUUGCAAGCCUCAGCUUCCAGCCAUUGCCUACUAUGUGAGCAGGUAUGGUGGUGGCGAUUCACAAGGCCUAUUGAAAUUCCUGAGCCGCUUCAGCAAAAGCUUUGGUAGCCUGCAAUUGGGCCAGGAAAUGAUGGUUGCCAUCGCUUACAUGGAUAUGGGAGGCUCUACCUGCCUGUACCCUUUCUUGAGAACUGCUGUGCAAGUGCUGAAGGAUGCUUGGGCAUUGAAAGCAAAUUCACCAGCAUUGAAGGCUGGUGAGCAAUUGGUGGUUUUGAAGCCAACUGAAGACCAAGGCAAUGCAGAAGACAGGAAUGAAGCUGCUGAAAAGAAUUUGGAAUUGGCUGAGAAAGAACUGAAACAGGAAGCUGGCAAAGAAAGUGAUGCAGAUUUGUUCAAUCAAGAGGACAAUGAUGCUGACCAGCAAGCAGUCAAGAAAAGGAAGCUGAACAAUGGUGAGUAUGUGGUGUCCAUUCAAGUGUUGGGCAAAGAGGUCAAUGUGUUGAUGAAAGGCAACAGGCCUGGCAGAAGUGAUCUUUUGGUCCUCAUGGAGCCUGCAAUGCUUGAACGUGUUUUCCAAGCUUUGGCCAGGGAUGCUGAGGAAUGCUUGAGUGGCACCAAAAGACAGUACACCAAGAAGGUUGAAGCCUUAGAAGAUCAACAGAAUCCAGCCAAUCAAGUGGGAAAGGAAAGGGAAGUGAAAGCCAAGAAGUUCUGCAAACGCCUCAAGCUGUUCCAAAUGGAGGAGCUGGGAACGAAGGAAGAGCGAGAUCGUUUGCGUUUGGAGUCUGAGGCAAUCAGGUUUCGCCAAGAAGAGGAGCGACAGAACCUUUUGCUAAGGCUCAAAGUUUUGGAGGAGGAGAAUCGUUUUCUGAGGCCGCCAGAUUCAAAGGAGGCUGAAGACCCCCAAAGGCAAUGUGGAAGUUCAAAGACUGCGGAGGACGCAGGAGAGCCAGAGAUGAGAAUGAUGAUGAAAGGGAUGAUGAAGCUCAUGGAGGGCAUGCAGGUGCUGCAAUCUCAGAUUGUGGAUGCAAAGAAAGCAAAAGACAUGGAGAUCGUCAAGGGUGCAAUUCCAGAUUUGCCCCGUCUUCCAGAGUGGAAGGCUGAGACGGCACCUUUGGAUCUCACUGACUGGCUUCUGACAAUCGAGCCAGCUAUGGGAGAUCUUUCUGACACCUCUCAACAAUGGUGGGAACAGAUGCUGCAAUCCGCCCGAAGUUGGUACAUUCAGCACCAAGAGAAGUCCCCCUUGGAGAAGGUGAAGCACAAGCCGCAGGAAGAAGUGGUUGCUUCGAAGGAGGUGACUGCCAUCAACGUGUUGGCUCGGUUGAUGACGUGCUAUCAGCCGGGAGGCCUCAGCGAAAAAGGAGCCAUUUUGUCGGCUCUGGACUCUCCAGAGGAAGCUGCCGGACUUUCCCAGGCAGUCACAGGUCUUCGUCGGUGGCUUCGUUGGCAUCGACGAGCUGGCGAAAUAGGAGUCGUUCGACCUGACUCCACAAUUUUGGUGAAAGGUCUUGGCCGCUUGACAAAAAGGGUGCUGAGAGACAAUCCAGAUCUUGCAUUUCGCAUUCAACUGGCGAAGUCGUCCCUGCAAAUUGACACAGCACCAUGUGAAGACUCAGUGAUGACGUUUGCACAUCACUUGCUUGCAGAGUUUGACCAGGUUGCACAUCAGGAUCGACGGAAGCGAGAAGAUGCAAAGAAUGCUCAAGAAGCGAAGGCCAAAAGAAUUGAGGAGAAUGGAUCUGGAGGAAAAGGUGCAGAAGGCAAAGGAGGAAAGGGCGAGAAGACGUCUACUCCACCAUGCAAGUUUUUUCUUUCAGAUGGAGGAUGCAAGAAAGGGAAGAGUUGCAGCUGGUCCCAUGUCACCGACGAGAAGCGUCGAUGCUGGAUUUGUGGAUCAGUCGCGCACUUAGCGCCAGCUUGCGAUAGACCACGAGAAGCUUCGAAGGAGAAUGGAGAGAAGUAUGGAAAGGGAGCAGAAGGAAAGGGAAGCCAGAAGAUGGCUCAAAGACAAGAGAAGAAAGAAGGAGCAGCAAGGACUGAGGAGCUUCCUCAGCCAGAAGCAUCAUCUGAGGAACCGUCUUCUACCUCAGUUGAGAUGAAAGGGCUUUUAGAAGAGGCAACGAAGAUGUUGAAAGGUUUGACUAUGCAGUCGAAUGAGAAGGAGCAGAAGGGCAGGCAAGACCGUCUUGCAGCCAUGCAAGAUCAACUGGAUGAGCUACGAAAAGUCAGGGUUUUGAAGAUUUCAAAGAUGGGAAGAGAAGAAACUGUCUAUGGACUUUUGGACUGGUGCAACUCAUCCAAUGCGAGCUGCACGACCAGGACGGCAACGUGGAACCAUGUGGAACCCAUUGUUCCUAUGUCAAUGCUAGCAGGAGAGCUUGGGUAUGUCAUCACGUGGAAAGAAGGGUCUAUGAAAGUGGAACAUCCAAAGAAGGGUGCUUUGAAGAUCGUCAUGCGGAACGGGUGUCCGCAGAUCCCAAAGAAGAAGGCACUUCAGCUGAUUCAGGAGUUGGAAGAAGGAAAAAGGAUGAAGAAGAUUCAAGAGGAAGAAAGGAGUGCUGAGGAAAGGUGGCUUCGACAGUUGGUGAAGGCACAUCCAGUCCUGAGGGAGCUCCCUCAGCACAUUCAGCAGAAGUUGGUGGUCAGCCCUGCAGAAGAUUUGUCGUCCAUCCUGGGCUGCAACAGAAGAAAAAGGAAAAAGAUGAAAGAAGAAGGUUUUGUGGCUCACCUCUAUGCAGGAGAAUCAGAAGGAUACUCCUUGGCCAGGGCCUUCAAAGAAGUGGGUGGCGAUCCAAACCUUCUUGUGGAGAUAGACAUCAAGAGAGAAUCAGAAGAACGACAUGGAAGAUCACAUGACAUGCUGAGAGAUCAUGAUGGUCCAUGCCCAUCGCUUCUGCGAGCUGCGCUGGAUGGUGAGCUGAAGGCCUUGGUGAUGGGCCCGAAUUGCCAAACACGGUCUGUGUUGCGGCACUACCCUCUUCCUGUUCCAGGGGGAGGACCAAGACCAGUUCGGUCUUGGGAAGAGCCGUGGGGGAAGUCAACCAACACGGCAGAAGAGCAGAAGAAAGUUGUGGAGGACGAUGUGCUCCUAUGGAGGGGGCUGAUGCUCUACAUCGUGCAGGAGGAGAUCCGAAGGGCAGUUGGAAAGGGAGAGGAGUCAAAGAUGAAGUUGGCACUUGAGCAGCCAGCAGAUCCCUCUCACUAUGUCCCUGAGGUGGUGUCUUUUUGGGGCACCAAGGAAUGGAGGAAACUGCAGAACAUGUACCAGCUUCAGGAACAGACCUUUCGCCAGUCCAGUGUUGGAGGUCUUAUGAGGCAAGUUGCAGAGAGCCUUCAACAGGCAGUCAUGGCGAAGAAAAUGCGUUAUGCGAAGAUGAGCUGGGAGGAGCACAUACAGAGAGGACAUACACCUGUCAGAAGAGACUGCCAGGUUUGCCAGGAGGCUUCAGCGAGGGGGAGAUUGCACUCGAAAGUCAGCCAUCCACGAGCUGGAAUCCUCAACCUGGACACUUGUGGUCCCUUCAUCAAGGGAUACGAUGUGGAAGGCGAGUCCAAGUUUAUGCUUAUUGGAACAUACACAUGGUUGAGACCGCCUGAUGACAAUCCGGAGGAGGAAGUGGAGGAGCAUCCCCCGAUUGAGGUUGCUGAAGGAGAAGAAGAACAGUGGCCAGAGAUAGAAGACGUGGAAGAUGAACGAGAAGAGAUUCAAGAGAGAGAAGAAGAACAACCUCGAAGAGAGGAUGAAGAAGCAGAUCAAGCCCCAAGGCAAGAAGAGGAUGAAGGGUGCAGGCCUAGAGAAGAGGCUCCACCUGCUCCGAAGAUCGAGGUUCUUCGAGUAGGCAUUCCUUUGAAAGGAAAAGGCAAAGAAGAUGUACUCAGCGGAGCCAUGGAUCUUUACUUGCAGCUCAAAGCUGCGUUGGAGGCUACCCAUGAGAGCAGCAGAUACCUUACGCCAAUGAUCGAGGCACAUGGCCACUGCAUUCUCCGUCAAGAUGGAAGAUGGGGAGUUGCCCCCUACAUCAUCAAGAACAUUCAAAGUCCGCCACCACCCACCGAAGAGAUGUGGCUGGCUUUGAUGGAGGAGGCAGAAAGAGACGAAGCUCAAGAAAGGAGGAGAGUAAGAGGAAAAAGGCCUCUCCAUCAAGGUGAUGGUGAAGGUCUGUUGAGGCUGAGAUCUAUGCUGAAGGAAGAAGCCACAGCAGUUGAGGAGGAGUGCCUCGAGAAUGCCAUGUUGGCGUUCCAAAGACUGGAACCUUGGAGGAAGUCCCUUCGCAAAGCAGAGGAGGAAGGAAGCGAGAUCCUUCAGAUCAAGAUCAUCAGUCCCCAAGAGUUGGAACGAGAUGUCGAGCUCUGGGACAAGGCGAUUAAGGCAGAAAUGCACGCACUCAUAGAAGAAAAGGGCGCCUUGAGGAGCAUUAGUCGCCAAAAGAAAGAAGAGCUGCAGCAGCGAUGUCCAACUUUCGUUGCCUGUGGAAACUACAUAGAAAAGGGACAAGAGGAGGACAGCCUCUAUGCAGGAGGCGGAGACGCCACAGCACUCAGGGCAUGUCUCAGCAAGACGGUGCAAGCUGACUGGCUUGCCGCCACGCUGGACAUCAAAACGGCAUUUCUUAAUGCUAUGCUCCCAGGUGAAGGCGCAGAUGACGAGGUCGUGGUGAUCUUACAACCACCAAGGCUGCUGGUCAAGCUGAAGUAUGUCCAGCCAGAUGAGUUCUGGGUGGCGGUGAGAGCCAUUUAUGGGCUUCGUCAAUCACCAAAACUAUGGGGCGCACACCGCGACACAAAGAUGGGCGGUAUGAGUUGGGAAGGUCGAGAAGGCAACAUUGCCCUAGAACCCAUGGUUGGUGAUCCAAACAUCUGGAAGAUGGUCCAGCUGAAGGAAGGCUGGGAAGAAGUCACAAAGGGCCUGAUUUUGGUCUAUGUGGAUGAUCUGCUGAUCAUGGGGCCAGAGCCUCUGAUCCAGCAGUGCAUCAAGAAGAUUUCCGAAGAAUGGGAGAUAAGCAAGCCGGAGUGGCUUGGAAAAGAUCGAGGAGUCAAGUUUUUGGGCAUGGACAUUUGGCUCACACAAGAAGGAGCUUUCUUGCAUCAAGGCAGCUACUUGAAGGAGCUGCUGAAAAGAAAUGGAGAAGAACAUGGACCUCUCUCUGGAGUCCCAAUUACACGAGAUCAAGUUUUGCACUUGGAGGAGGAUGAUCCACAGAAAGAUGCAGAUCAAGUCAAAUUGGCUCAGCGAAGACACAAGAUGAAGGUUUGUGGAUACGAAGAGGAGAAAGAAACGUUCUGGAGGUAUACGGACUCGUCCUAUGGCCCUGGGGGAGCAGACUCUCAGGGCACAGUGCUGGUCCUCUGGAAUGGAAGCUCAGUGCUGUGGAAGUCUGGAAGACAGUCCAUCCCAUCUCUCUCUACGGCGGAGAGCGAACUGUCAGAAGCAGUAGAAGGAAUGGUGAUGGGAGAUAGCGUGGACGUUCUCGUCCAAGAGAUCUUCGAAGAAGGCUACCCAAAGAUCAUCAAGGUAGACAACACUGCCGCGAUCAACCUUCUCACAGAAGCUUCUGGGAGCUGGAGAACGAGGCAACUGCGCCUCAAAGCGUCGCAUGUCCGUUGGCGAUUUGGAAGAAUGGACUGGAUGGUUGAAGGAGAUAUCAGAGAAGGACCAAAAAGAGAAGAUGUUGAGAAAGUCCUCAAGGUGAUUGUGGCCUUGGGAUGCGUGCAUCAUGCACGUGCACAAGAAGAGGAAGAACAACAAGAAAGAGACAGCGGAUGGGAAAUUCUGAUGUUGGUCGUCCUAGCUUUUGUAGGAAUGGUGCAGAUUCUCCAAGCUAUGACAAGGGCUGUCAAGCAUUUUUGGAGACGACGGCAGAGAAGGAUCAAAGAAGAAGAAGUUCAGAAAAGAGAGCACGUUGAAGAUGAAAGAAAUGACGAGGAGAAGCCGAGUGGAAGUGGACUGAGUCGUCCAAAGGCAUUGCCACCUCUGGAUCAGGCUGGCUCCGCAACCAAAGUCUGUUUCUCAGAUGCAGCAGGCUCCCUUACCAAAGCCUGCAUCUCAGGCUGCUCCGCCACCAAUGAGUUUUUCUCCGCCGAAAUGUUCAGCACCAUCAGUGCCAACAGCAGUUCUUUCAACAUCUAG